AUGGCGGACAUGAAGCGGAAAAUGGUGGAGGCGUCAACAGCGACUCAGUCCGAUGCGUCGGAGACUACAAGUCCCUCAAGCCGGCCACUGAGUCCUCCAGUCGAAGCAUUAUGGAAUAGGUUUUGUGGCAAUCCAUUCGGUACUGCAUUCCAAAAGUGGGCAAAAGAAGUUCCAGAUGCAGAAGCCGUGGUUUGGCUCAAUGGAGAGGGGGAUAUUGCGGAAAGACGGACCUACAAGGAGCUGCUUGAUCAAAUAUAUACGCUGGCGGAGCACCUGGAGGACAUUGGAAUAAAAAGAGGAGAUCGGGUGAUCUUGUGCUAUCCUCCAGGAAUAGAAUUCAUCAUUGCAUUCUUUAGUUGCAUUAUUUCAGGCAUCGCGGCAGUCCCCGUGUAUCCUCCCGAUCCCACGAAAGGAAUAACGGACAUUCCUCGUUUUUGUGAUAUCGGAGAAAGUGCAGGAACAAAAAGAGCACUUACCUCCACGGUUUAUCGCCGUGUAGCUGCUGCAAUGUCGGUGGUUUCGCGGGAAAAGAGGUGGAGAGAUGUGGAGUGGAUCUGCACGGAUACGAUCAAAACAACUAGUUCGCUGAAUCGCACCCCUGCGGCUCUCGAUCCUCACUCCAUCGCGUUUCUUCAGUUCACUUCUGGAAGUACAUCUGAACCCAAAGGUGUCAUGGUAACGCAUUUGUCGUUGCUACACAACAUGCAUUUGUGCUGGAAUUCCUUUGAGUUUCCAACUCACUCUGAAACCAAGGACCCUGCUGAGCAGUUUUCCACCCGCGACUAUAACUUUUACGACUUGGAAGAGUUUUGGAGGAGACGACACGAGGUGUCAACGACGCGUCGAGGACACAGAGUUCGAGCAUUUUCAUGGUUACCAGUCUAUCACGAUAUGGGGCUUAUUGGCUUCGUCUGUUGUCCAUUAUUCUGUGGAGCUGCUCUAUAUCAAAUGUCGCCAAUAGACUUCAUCCGACGGCCGUGGGUGUGGCUUAAAGCCAUGAGCCAGUACGACUGCGUCUGCAGUGCUGCCCCUAACUUCGCCUUCGGCUUAGUGACGCGAAAAAUGCCUGAAAAUAUUUAUGCUCAACUGGAUCUAUCCCGCGUCACCGGAAUCUUAUCUGGAGCUGAGCCUGUUCGUAGACAGACAGUGGAGCAGUUCGUCGAGAAAUUCGGUCCGAAGGGUAUCAAGCCGUCUACUGUGGCACCGGCAUACGGCCUCGCCGAGCAUACGCUUAUCGUCACAGGCAAAGGGAACUGGCAAGCCAAGGCCAACGUACUCUACGUUGAUGCGCUCACACUGAGAGCUGAGCGCAAAGUAAAAGUUUUCACCGAGGAGGAAGCUGCUUUACGGCCUGCGGGCGAAGUUCAAGACGUAGUGAGCUGCGGCUUCCCAUUCGAAGGUGUUACUGUAAAAAUCGUGGACACCGAGACGAACAAAGAAUUGCCCGAAGGGCAUGUUGGGGAAAUCAUUGCAUUCAGUGAAUCUGUGGCUCUAGGAUACUUCAACAAGCCCGAGCAAACUGAGCUCGCAUUUCGCGUGUCCAUAAUCGACUUACAGGGAAAUCGCACGCCUGCUACUGGACUUCGCACGGGAGAUUGUGGGUUUUUGUACCACGGUCAACUGUAUGUAACAGGACGGUUCAAGGACAUUAUUAUCAUAAGAGGACGCAAUUACUAUCCUCCAGAUAUUGAAGAGGCAGUUCUAGAGGUUCCUCAGAUUCGGCCAGGGUGCGUCGCUGCUUUUGCAAUUGAGGCCGAUUCCAAUGAAGUUUUGGGGAUCGCUGCUGAGCUUCGCGUGGAGGAUGGCUUGAAGGGUGUCUGGGCUCGUGUUCGCCGACAGCUCUUUGACAGGAGCAGCUACGAUCAAAUUGUAAAAAACAUUUGCCGCGUAAUUGCUACGGCUACCGGUCUGAGUGUGCAUAUGGUGUGGCUCCUAAAGCCUCGCAGUUUACCAAAGACCAGCAGUGGUAAGCUGAGGAGGUCUCUAGCUCGCGAUAAGCUGCUGGAUGGCAGCCUUGAUGGCGUCCUCCACACGUACACCCACCACGUCCAUCCGGUCGAAGCUUCGUCAAGCGCGGCAAGAACAGGGUGUCAGGCUCCUACCAAAUCUCCUACCCAGCAGCUGUCGGAAUCUGCGCACAAGGGACAUGAAGAAGCAGCACAGACGCACGAGACGGUGUUGAAAACUGUCAGAGACGCAGUAAUCGACGCUGCGAAAAAUGUGCUAGGAGAUGACGGCGAACUUCCAGACAUGCAGGCCCCCUUGCAUGAGCUGGGAGUGGAUUCCAUUGCUGCAGUGGAACUAGCGGAGCUUGUUUCCGAAAAGUUGAACAUCGAUAUCGAGCCGACGCUGAUGUUCAACUACCCAACAAUGGAGGAUAUUAUAGACUUCUUGGUACGCGAGAUAGAAGGGAAAGGAGGGGAAGACGCGUUAACCAUUAACGCCACCGGUUCGGAGAUGACAAUGGCAGUUGUAGGUGCAGCGUGCAACUUGCCAGGAGGAAGUACAUCGCUCAGUUCUUUUUGGGAUGCUCUUAUGUGCGGCGUCGAUGCAAUGGUGGAGGUUCCGCGGUCCAGGUGGGAUGUAGAGGACUACUUUGACCCUGAUCCCGACGCAGAAGGAAAAAUGUACAUCCGAGAAGGCGGUUUUAUUGAAAAUGCGGAGUUCUUCGACGCCUCAUUUUUCAGGAUAUCCUUGGCCGAGGCGUCGAGUAUGGAUCCUCAACAACGGCUCUUGCUGGAAGUCGGCUACGAGGCUCUGCACGACAGUGGCUUCGAUAAGGACAGCUUGCUACGUGCAAAUAUCGGAACCUUUGUGGGAUGCUGCUGCAAUGAGUGGCAGCAAACAUGUGCUCAGAUGGGUCUGGGGAUAAGCAGCUUUACAGCAACGAGCCAUGCGCCCUCGAUCUUAUCAAACCGCCUCUCGUAUACGUUGGGGAUGUUAGGCCCCUCGUUGACCGUGGAUACCGCGUGUUCAUCUUCGUUAGUAGCGUUGCACAUAGCCAUUCAGGAAAUCAAGGCAGGAAGCUGCUUCUCUGCUUUGGUUGCUGGUGUGAACCUCAUGCUGUCACCUAACGUCACAGUUGCCUUCUGCAAGGCUCGCAUGAUGGCUCCGGAUGCUCGGUGCAAAACAUUUGAUGCCAGCGCCAAUGGCUAUGUCCGCGGAGAAGGCCUCGGUGCCAUCGUCAUAAAACCCCUGUCAGAGGCUAUGAAAGAGGACAGCCGCAUCAUCUGUAUCGUUCGUGGGACUGCAGUUAACCAUGGAGGGCGAGCUGCCAGCUUAACGGCGCCUAGUGGCCCCUCGCAAGAGCGAAUCAUUCGAACGGCUCUACGCAAUGCCAAUGUGACCCCUGACGAGGUUCUAUUUGUUGAAACACACGGAACAGGCACCUCCCUGGGUGACCCCAUAGAAGUGGGUGCUCUCAAAUCAGUAUUUAGGUCCAGCAGGGACUCACCCCUUCUUUUGGGAGCCGUCAAAACCAACAUUGGACAUCUUGAAGGUGCAGCAGGUAUUGCAGGCUUCCUCAAGUCCGCACUCGCCCUGCGUCACAAGCAGAUGCCCCCGAACCUCCAUUUCAAAACGUGGAAUCCACAUAUUGACUUGAAGGGGGCGAAGUUCAUCUGCCCAGUGACUGGCCUCCCGAUAACGCCCCCAAAGGGGAAGCAACGCAUUGGUGGAGUCAGCUCCUUCGGAUUUGGAGGAGCAAAUGCGCAUGCAGUCCUGCAGGAGGCGCCUCACGUGUGCGAGUUGCGGCGGCCAUGCAAGGCGCAGAAGCCAACGGCUGUGUGUUUCAUGUUUGGUAGUCAAGGCGUGGAGGACUUGGAAAAAUGCCGCGGGCUCUAUGACGGCAACCCCGUAUUUGCCAAGGUUCUAAAUGACUGCGGUGACAUACUUAAGCGGCUAGUCAGCGUUCCGCUGCUCUCUAUUCUCUUUUCUGACCAGGAUACGCCAAGAUCUGCGGAGAGGGCGCAUGGCCAGCAACCCCAGCAGUGGCUUCGACAAACGCGAUUUGCAGAGCCCGUCCUAUUCGCCUUCGAAUACGCUCUUGGAAAAAGCUUGAUUGCGCAGGGUGUCAAGCCGGAUGCAGUGAUGGGAGUUGGAGUAGGCGAGUUUGUGGCCGCUGCUAUCGCGGGCGUCAUGAGCUUAGAGGACGGUCUACGGGUUGCCUGCCAGCGCGCGAAGCUUGUCGAGACUUUUUUGCCAUCGGACGCCGUUGCUGUGGCCUGCAGAGCUGGCGAAAAGGACGUGGAAAUGGCGAUUUCUGAGGCUGGGGGUGUUGCGGGUUCCAGUUCAUCUGUUGCGAUGUCUCUGAUCUAUGGCCAGAAGCAGCUGGUCCUGUCGGGCAUACAGUCGGAGCUGGAGUCGGUGUUGAUGAAGCUGGACAUAGCGGGGCGCUUCAAGUACUUGCAAGACCGUGUAAGCUUUUCUUCUCCACUUCUCUCGGAUGUCAUUACUCCUCUUGAGCGGAUCAUGAGCGGCGUGAAGCUUUCGCGGCCGUCCGUGCGAAUGAUUUGCGCAACGACUGGCGAGUUCUGUGAUGAGCAAGUUCUAAGCGGUCACUACUGGACCCGCCACUUGACGCGGACGGUGCGAUUCGAUCAGUGCAUCAGCAACCUCGUGUCAGCCGGGUGCAAGUUGCUCGUGGAGAUAAACGGCAGGGCUGCUCUCAUCAGGAUGGGCCAGCAGAGUGUGGACGAAACGGCGAAGGACGUGGAGUGGGUGUUUGCGUUCCCGGCAGCUGACGAGGAGACAAGCGAAAGGCAGACAACAUCCGUGCAGAAGUGCCUGUCAGUUCUGAACCGCAUUGGUGAGCAGCUAGAGAUGGAGCAUGGCCUGCACGGCCACGACGAGCUGCUCUAUCACAGAAAGCCGAUCCCCUGGGUGCAGAUCCCGCAUCCUUUUGUGGGGAAACAUCGAGAACUUGGGGUCGGGGAGUUCUUAUUCGAAACCUCGUUUCCUCGCCGGGCAGUGCCGCUAUUCGCCGAUCACAUGGUCAAUGGAAAAGCCAUGAUGCCAGGCAUGGGGAUGGCAGAGAUUGUAGCGAGUGCUGCCUUCGCACUGGACCUGAAAACGGCCUCUGGGGCGGUCGCUCUUGAGAAUGUAUUCUUUGAGAGGCCCAUGAUGAUUGGUUCCCAGCGUGUGACGUACGAGUUCAACACGCGAACAGGAACACACACUUGUGGCAGGCGCAGUCCACGCACAGUGCGAACGCCGCGAAGAGUCAAUGACGCUUAUGUACGGAGGCCUCGUGCUGAUAGCGAUUCGCGGGGUCUGUCGACCCCUGGUCAUGCCAGCCCGACGCUUGCGCCCAGUGCUUGGCUUGUUUCGCCUUCGAGCAGCAAGGCCAGCACCCCGAAACUGGCUUCCUCCGAGCCUAAAUCGAGAGACAACAGGCUGAAAGUUGAACUCGAAGAGGUCUCCCAGUCCCUUCUGUCGAAUCGGGGAGCUUUGCCCGAUGAUCACGUUGUUCCCCAAGAUCUCGAACUCACGAUUCGCUGCCAUAUCAUGAAAAACCUGGGGGUCGAGCUACGCAGCGUCUGGGAUGAUGAAACCAGUGUCCACUGCAGCGCGAGCAUUGUUCUUAGCGAGCAGCAGAAGGAGGAAACACUCCCGUCUUUGAAAGAGCUCCAGGAAAGGUGCAACCAGCCAGUUUCAGUUCCGCAGCUGUACGAGUCCUUGUUCGACUUAGGAUUGCAGUACGGGCCUCGCUUUCGCUCUGUCAAUCAUAUUUCGCGGUCUGAAUCCGAAGCUCUCGCUCGCCUCAUGCUUCCUGAAGGCUGCAAACAGGAUUCCUUCGAAAGCGGCUUUUUGGUGCAUCCCGCGCUUCUUGACGGCGCCCUUCAUGUUGCGGCGUCGCUCAUUGGGAGGCACGCUUCCCGCGCGCACGUCUCGAUGGUUCCCGUAGGGGCAGGCCGCAUUUUGCUCCGGAAGCUGGAGGGGAAGGCGGGAUGCUGGGCCCAUGUAGAGCUCCUCGAAUGCCGUUCGCGCUCAGCGAUGGUGAAUGUCAGGCUGUUCGACGACAGUUGGCAGGUGGCAGCCUCCUUGGAAAAGGUUUACCUGAGAAAUGUGGAUAUUGGGGGGAGCGUUGGCGCCAGCAUUCCUAGAGAUCUCAUUUGGAAGGUCAAGUGGGAGAAGCGAGCCGAGUUGACCGCACAGCCGCAAGACUUCGUCGCCGGAAAAGGGCCCGUAUUAGUCAUUGGAGGCAGUCUUCAGCUCAUGGAAGCGCUUUCGAAUUCACUUGGAGGCGAGGAUUUCGGCAGAGUGCUGAGUGUAGAGGACAUCCCCUCGACCAGGGCAGACGUGCAAGAGCUCCUCGCAAGUGGUAACUGGAGGGCGAUCGCCUUUGUGGAGGCCUUGACGGCUGACGAGUAUGCAGCCCUCGACGUUCCCCAUGCAGCUAUCCGUCUUCUCCAAGCCUACUCUGCUCUGCUAAGCAAUGGCUCCAACAUGCCUCCCGUCUGGCUCUUCACCAGCGGCAUCAUGGAUUCGCCGCAAGAGGAAGCACAAACUCCAUCCCCGCCAGAUCUGCCUGCCCAUGCCGGCCUUUGGGGGCUGGCGAAGGCAGCGCGGCUGGAAAUAGGUGCCUCUACGGGCACGACAACGCAAAUCGGGUGUCUGGAUAUUGAACAGCUGGAAAAAGAUGACGAUGUAGCGAAGGCCAUUGUGACGUUCUUGCGUUCAAGCAUGGCAACCUCAGACGAAAGCGAGCUGAUGCUGCGGGGCAACACGCUGUACGCAGCACGGAUUGAAAAAAGCGAUUUAGCCGUACGGGGGGCCCUCGAAUUGUACAUGCCGGAGAGAGGGGCAAUUUCGAACUUGGUGGUGAGGCCGCAAGCUUUCGCAGCGCGGGUGCCGCCUGCAUACAACCAAGUUGAAGUGCGUGUAAGGGCCGUUGGGCUCAAUUUCCGGGAUGUUCUCAACGUCAUGGAUUUAUAUCCUGGCGAUCCAGGGCCCCCUGGCGCAGACUUCGCCGGCACUGUGGUGGCUGUUGGCGAUGACGUCGAACAUGUUCGUGUAGGAGAUCGCGUUUACGGCAUUGCUCCGGGGGCGCUGCGGACUUAUGCAACAACAGACGCAAACCUUGUCCGCCGCGCUCCGUCUUCGCUUGGCUUUGAGGCUUCCGCAGCACUCCCAGUAGUUGCGGCUACUGUCGAGCACGCCCUUGGAGAUGUGGCGCAAGUCAGGCCUGGCGCCAAGGUUCUUAUUCAUGCCGCAACGGGAGGGGUCGGCUUGAUUGCCAUUCAGCAUUGCCAGCGCGUAGGCGCCACUGUCUAUGCAACUUGCAGUGGGGGGCCAAAGGAAGCCUACUUGAAAUCUCUUGGGAUUCAG